CCAGCCCUGGGUCUUUGGAUUAGUGGGGACCUUGGGGACUGGUUUGGGUGUUUCUGGGGCUGUUAUUGUUCAGCAGAUGAUCAAAGUACAUCUAGAAGAAGAUUCUCUCCCUUAUAGGAUUGGUUUUGUGUCCGUUUGUUCAGCUGCUCUGAUUAUUCUCAAUCUGCUCGCCUUUAGGACAGCUGCAAGUCUGCGCUAUAACGGAACGUUGAACAAACUAGAAAUUACAAAGAUAGGACUUCUUGGAAUCAGACAAACUCUUCGGCUCACACCUAAAUUGGGGACUGUUACUUUUGUCGAAAAUGAAAGCAAACUUGUGAUCAACCACCCAGAUACCCGGUUUAACCACUACCUCAAUCUGAAGUAUGGAGAGGUUCACAAUGAAAAUGUCUACGAACGUUUAUUCGCUGUUAUAAACGAGAGAUGAGGGUUAAACUGGGGUUUUAAACCUGACUUUGCCCAACUUUGUAUAUUAUUUAAUAAUGAUUUUGACUGGAAACAGUUUUGAGUGACCUAGCAAUCUAUUCAGUUUUAAAGUUUGAAUGUUAUAUUUUUUAUUGUUUUUCAUCGAGUGAUGAAA